AUGAAUGUCACAACUGGGACUGCGCUCCCUUACACUGAAGAAGGCUAUAUGAAACUCGGACGUAACUUGGCCCGUACGUUUCUUGAUUACUAUCGACUCAUUGGACAUAUUAAAGACAAACCAACUGCUACUGCUCUACCAAAACCAACUUUUGUCCCAAAUGUUGUCAACCGUGAAAAAGAGAAGCCAGCAACACAAAGUCCAGUUGAAGCUGAAGAGCGGUUGCAGAGCUUGGCCAGCUGUUCCAAAUUCAAGCCAGUUUGGUCAACAACUUCUUCCAUUUCUUGCUGCGUUUUUUCUUCACUGGCUGACUUCGUCAAGUCUUCAAGGUCUGCAUCAGUUAGCAGCUGGGAGUGGCAGUCUAAUAACUUGUCAAUGUCUCCCCAUGGUCAUGUUUGCAAAGCUGUCACCUCCAAUGAUCACAGCCAGCUGCAAAGCUUUCUGUACUGCGGAGUGAUGGAUUUCGGGAGGUGUAAAUCCCUUGUCGUCAUAAAUAAACUUGGGUCACAAAUUUUUCCAGUUCAUGUUAAUGGUGGCAGGCUUCAUUUCUUGCAAUGCCUUCAGGAUAUUUUGGAGGCACGUAGCAAUUGUGUACUGCCACCAGUAUGCCUUCAAGUUAAAAUUUUCGUCUUCGUCUUCUUGGGCGGCAUCCACAGAAGCAAUCAGGCUCACCAGGACAUUCCUCGUGUAUAA